AUGAACGGCGAUGCCCUGUGCCAGGAGCCCUCCUCCCAGCUCCCUGACUGGAGGGAGUUCUGCGAGCUGCAUGCCCAGGCGGCCGCCGUCGACUUCGCCCAGAAGUUCUGCCAGUUCCUGAAGGAGAAUCCCCACUACGACACCCCUGGUGCAGAGACCUCCUUCUCCCACCAUUUCGCCGCCAACUUCUUGGACAUCUUCAGCCUGGAGGUCAGCCGGGUGUUUGUGUCCGACUCCCCCACCAAGUACAACAUUGUGCCCUUCGUGGGGCUGCAGAACUGCCACGUCCCCUACGGGCGUGAGGUCACCCCGAGGAAGGAGGAGACGUCUACCGAGUCCCUGGACAGCAUGGACACCCCGUUGGGUGCUGGACGGUACCUGAGCCCCGCGCAGCAGGCGCAGGCACGCAAGGUGUCCUCCUACGGCCAGUCCCGCAGCUCAGAGGAUGUCUCCAUCCACGCUGCCACCAAACCCAAGUUCAAGAAAGGCUUCUCCUUGAGGAACAUGAGCUUGUGUGUGGUGGAUGGUAUGAAGGAGAUGUGGCAUCGCAAGUCCUCUCCAGAGCCAGGCGCCGAGGCUGCCCCGGGCGGCCGGAGAGCUGAGAGGGAGCCAUGGUCGGCUGGGGGCAAGGAGCCCGGCGACCCGCGGGAGAAAUGGACCCACAAGCUGCGCCUGUCCAAGGUGCCCUCCUCCAAGGUGGAGCUGGUGGACAUCCAGAGGGAGGGGACGCUGCGCUACAUGGUGGCCGACGACACGAACUGUGUGGGGAGCUCGCAGUGGCAGAAGUGCCGCCUCCUGCUCCGGAAAGCAGUGAAGGUGGAAGGAGAGAGGUUCCUUCUCGAGUUUUAUGUCCCUCCAAAGGCUUCCAAACCCAAGGUGAGCAUCCCGCUGUCAGCCAUCAUCGAGGUCCGCACCACCAUGCCGUUGGAGAUGCCCGACAAAGACAACACCUUCGUCCUCAAGGUGGAGAACGGGGCCGAGUACAUCCUGGAGACCAUCGACUCCCUGCAGAAGCACUCCUGGGUGGCCGAUAUCCAGGACUGCAUCGACCCCGGGGACAGCGGGGACGACAUCGAGCUGGCAUCCUGCACGCAGGGAGCCUGUCUGCCGGGCAGGGUGUCCUCCUGCAGCUGCGAGUUCCUGGCUGAUGAUGUGCCCAGGCCCCCGGACAGAUGUGCCCUGCCCAGCGCUCACAACACCGCCACGGCCGCCACCAUCCCCACACCAGACUCCCUGGGGGAGCUGCUCACCCACGUCCCGCUGGAGAGCUUCCUGCAGACGCUGGAGUCCUCCCCCGCCGCUGGUGGGCAUCUCGCAGGGGAGGACAGCGAGGCGGAGGCGGAGAUCAACCUCUCCGACUUCCCUUGGUUCCACGGGACGCUCUCCAGGAUCAAGGCGGCUCAGCUGGUGCUCUUCGGGGGAGCCCGGAGCCACGGCUUGUUCGUCAUCCGGCAGAGCGAAACGCGGCCGGGGGAGUACGUGCUGACCUUCAACUUCCAGGGGAAAGCGAAGCGAGGGGCCCAAAACUGGACCCAGCAUUCGAGGGGCGGCCUCACCAGUGCCGCGUACAGGGGCACCAUCACCUCCCUGCUCCUGCUGGCCACACCAUGGCUGGCACUGCCAUUGGCCUUCUUGGCCACCUGGGCACACUGCCGGCUCCUGUUCAGCCGGCUGCCGACCAACACCCCCAGGGCCUUACAGGAGCCCAGCAUAGCCUGA